CACCGCCUUCCUGCAGUGGAUAUCCAACCAGCAAUCAAUCGAUCGAUAGGGAGCUGGGAUGAAUUCAACACUCAAGGAAUUGAUUGGUGUCUUGUCUUUCACAGUCCCUUCAAGCAACGCAAUCGCACGUGGACAAUGCGAUCUUGAAGGCAUGAAAGAGAAUGUCUUUGCGCGGCCCCAUGAAGCGCUCGCACCUCCGGCAGGUCAGCGCCGCCAGCUUGGAUACUCUCUCCGCCUCCCGCCCUGUGGACAUAUCGCAUCAUGAGGCACGUGGAGACCAACCGUCCGCUCCGGAUGAGAGGACCUUUCGGAUCUCAUCUACCGGCCUAGGUCGACGAUCGUGUACUCUCUGGGUUCAUGAUGAGACCUUCUCCAGGGAGGAAAUUCUGUUCAAUCAGGCCGCGUUCGCCGACACAGGGGUGCAAGACGGCGAUGUUAUCGAGAUAUUGCCCGCUCGGGCUGUGGCGGAUUCAUCGCACUCCAUCAAGUCCGAUCUCGGAUCGAGGUCGUUGCGCGACGGGCAUGUUGAAUCUGGGCAGGCGCCUCAUUCGGAUGCCAACUCGAAGUUCAAAACACCACUACAGAGUCGGUGUUUGUUCGUGGUUAAGCCGCUCCCGCAGGAAACCAAAACUCGACAUCCAAAAUUAGAGCUCUCGGUGACCAGCAAUGUGGCGAACAUCUUUGGCUUCAAGACCCGGACGACGGUUUCCAUCUCCAUUGUGGAGCGUGCGCAGUGCUCUGCAUCUCAUGUGGACAUCUCGUUUCGCGACCAGUUUUUGGUCCGCUCUGAUAUGUGGAGAUUGGUUAUGUCGGAGCUGGCUGACAAGAUCAUCUACAAGGGCCAAAAGAUUGUCUUCAUGGGCAGUAUAAAGGCGACGGUAAAAAAUAUCUUCAUUCGCGGAAAGAAGGUCCUUGCAGGGUUUUUCUCGCCACAGACUAUUCCUGUUUUCCGGAGUGAAGCUGCCAAAUAUGUCUUGUUCAUUCAGAUGUCGAGGGAGAUGUGGGAUUUUGAUUCCGAAGGCACUGGGGAUAUCCUCUUCAGCAGAGUGAUCAAUGGAUUUCUACCAGAACUCUUCAAGCGGUGGGCGAACGCAGAGGCGAGACAUCUCGUAACCAUCGUAUUAUUCACUCGAGUGGAGUACGAUGCGGCGACGACUACUGGGCUUUCAUCCACACUCAACUCGGAGAAUCUGAAGAACACCUUUAGCCCGAAUCAUGUACCCACAAGAGAUUUUUACCGUGUCGUGGUCAAUGAUAUGGCCAGUGGCCAGUGGACCGCUAUUCUUGAUGAGUUGAAGAAGGAUUUCCGGACAUUCUUAAGAGACGUAUCAAUUCUGAAGAUGGCCGAUGAUUCAGGAGCGCCACCCACUAUUUCCGAGCCCCCAAACCCUAGGCCAGCAACCAUUGCAGGACGCCCCAGUACCGCCCUUCGUGGGAACAUUCUCGAAGCGAUCCAUCUUGCUUCUUCCCAUUUAGCCUUUGACCACAUUGACCGGGACAUGAUUCAUACAGGAACCUCCAUCAUUGUCAUAACGCCAGGUAGUGGCGUUUUCGAAGUGUCAUCCGAGUCCCUAGCCUCCACAGCUGAGGCGCUAACCAACCGUGGCAUUGCGAUUGACCUGGUCUGUCUAAGCCCGAUGCCUCUUCACUCGGUACCUCUAUUCAAAUACAGGGAGCCGGCCCGCAGGCAGCAUUCCAGCCCCCCAUACGGAGACAUCCAGAGUGGUGGCUAUUCUCCAGAAAUGCGCCAUUCAUUUGCAAGCCUAGCGAGCCGAACUCCCCAUUUCUCUCCAAAGUCCGCCAUCUCGAGUCCUACCCCAGGAAUGAGCCCUCGUGAAUCAUGGGAGCGCCCUCAUGAAUGGAGCUACGGAAUCCCCCACUGGCUGGAUAUUUCCUACUGGAAUCCCGAAACGUAUAGAGAAGCUCGUCGAAUUUUAAAGAAGGACCCCAACGCCCCGAUUCCGUUUACCGUGACCAAGAAAUCCAAGGCGUUUGUACCGCGGGUGCGUAUGUAUGAAAUCCAAAUGGGAGGAGUCAUGGAGAGCGAGCAAUCCAACAUCUCCAUCCCCUAUCUGGCGGAGAGCCAAAGUGCGGCAAAAAGCCUCAGUGCUGCCAGUGUGACGCCUGCGAGAUCCUCUUUGAAUAGAAACUCCCCGUUCAGGCAUCAGCUGAGUGACAGUCUUCGGCCCGAGCCGUUCCUUCACAGCAUAACGAGCGCCAAAGAUAUAAUGCUUCCGAAAUCAAAGAAGACAUCAGGCGCAACUGUUUCCUGGAUGGAUAAUUACGACGACAUGAUAUUCCGGCCAUUUCCCCAGCGGCGCCAGCGGCGCAAGCCGCCAAAACAAAAGCGAUCCAAUGAGCCUGAUAAUCAGGUUUCUGGCACUCACGACCGGCUUUCUGCUCGGUCAAUCACCCACUUGAGAGAGCAUGAAAAUCACUCCAACUCCAACGAAUGGCGUGCAAUACCUCGUAAGAUAGACUCGCCGUUACCCGUUCCAAAACCUCAUGUGUCCUCCAAAGCUGUCUCUCCUAAAAAGCCCGCAUUGAAAGUCGCAUCGUCAGGUAAAGGUCCUCGCAUAUCGCGGACAAUCAGCUUUGCCCUCCGUGGAUUAGGUGUCACUCCGCCAAGAGCCCAAGCAAGCACAGAAGUCAAUGUAGCACACGCCACAGGCCUCUCAUCAUCGAAUAAGAAGAAGGUUACCGGAGUUUUGAGGGAAUCCCGAAGUAUCGAAUCCUUAAGCACGUCCGAUACAGCUUCGACAGCAACCGUCAUCGACGUAUCGCCCACCACAAGCACCCCCCCAAGGUCAUUAAAAAGCUCUACAAUAACCCCUUCAAGGCCCAUAUCGAUAAAGGUCCCCUCAAAACUACCCGCCGAAGAUUCAGAGCAACAAGACCGGUCUGCCAUUCCCGAGUCAUUUUCGACGACCGGUACCGAAAUUCCCCUUAAUGAGGGAGUGGGCCUGGAAAGUCGGCCUAAGAAGAUCACUCCGAAGUUUGAAUUAACCGUGAACUCUGCAUCGCGGGAGUCUUCAGCCAAAACCCCUCAGAGUAAGGCGCUAGCUCCUUGGGUUAGAUCCAUCAAUCCUUGCAACACCCCCAGGGAUAUUUCGCGAGAUACUAGCUGGUUUGGACGUUGGCAACAUGCUUAUCCAAGGCCGCCUCAUGUUGCCGUCGUCAAGUGGAAAAGCUUAAAAUCCCCUGCUGUUCUACCCCUGACGACGGAGGAGUUCCCUACAGCAAGUGAGCUCGCAUCAGAAUACCUGCAAACUCCAUAUCGUGUAUUCCCAAAUGAUGAUGCAGAGGGUAUCGAUGUGCCCAAAACAAGAGGUGUUCUUCUAAGAGAAAUGAUUUCUUUGCGCCUUUCUCACGGGUUUCAAAUAGUUGUUGGCAAAAGUGUAGUGGAGGCAUCUGGAAGAUAUAGUCUUGCAUCGCCCAACGUUUUUGAUACUCAAACCCUGGAGAAAGACGGGACUACCGUUUUCUUAUCCAAGGGUCACUCCAUCCACCGGCUAAUCUCUACAGGCGGUACCGAGAUUGAGGUUACUCAGUUCGUGCAUCGAAGUCUGUCGGAAUUUUCGUCGGAGAGGAAGACCGCAUCGGAAUCAGUAUAUUUCCCAGCGAUGCGGACGAUUCUUAGUCCUGCGUACAACAUAAAAGAGAUCAAGUUACGCUCAGCAGCAGAAGAAUACAAUUGGAACUAUGCUGACAACUACGUUGCUGGACAUCGAGAUUAUCUCUUCAACCCAGCUCAGCAGCUCCAUUUCUGGCGUGUCCGUUACGUAUUAAUUCCGAUGCGUCUACACGUAAACUCCCGGCGUCACAUCCAGACUUACAAUGAAGACAAUGAAGAAGAAAUCCACUUGCUUGGUAUCAACCAGCUCACGCAUAUCUGGCAGCGGCACAAAUAUGUGCCUCCGGAAGAAAAGCGGUUUGAAUCCUCCAACAAGAAAAGGGAUCAGAACCCAUUGAACAUCGUGUAUCAGACGCGGAAUCCUUCUGAAAUUGUUGCCGCGGAGUUGGAUCGAGUCUUGCUCACUGAUCCCGGUUUAGAUAGUUCCCCUGCACAGUUGCUGCCAGAGGCAGAAUUGCUCGAACGAUCCAGCAUCAGUUUGACAUCGUUGGCUCAAAUAAUACAAGGAGAUAAGGGCGUGCGAAUGAUGGAUCGAAGAUGGCACUGGAGAUUGCAUUACAACUGUUUCAUCGGAUUCGAACUGACGACCUGGCUCCUUCGGAACUUCCGAGACAUCGACAGUCGUGAAGAGGCAGUUGAAUUUGGAAAUGAGCUGAUGAAGCACGGCCUCUUUCAACACGUGGAAAAGCGACACAAUUUUAGGGAUGGUAACUACUUCUAUCAGAUCUCUAGCGAAUACCGGGUUUCGCGUCCUGAAUCUCGAGGUAGCUGGUUUCCUCAGAUAAGAGCAGACAAAUCGGUUCCGUCCACUCCAGCAACCGGAGAGCAUUGGAAAGACUCUCCGAUGAGUGCUUCUCAUUCCCGGUCCGCUAGUAUGGAAGAAAAUAUGCCGCCAACCCCGAACACUCCGUCAAAGUCAAAGAACAAAGCUGCCAUUAUGUUGUCGAAGACUAUCAGGUACGAUGUGGACCCUCGCAAGCGCUCUAAUCGGCCGGAAGUUAUCGACCUUCACUACGACCGAUUGCAUAACCCCGGCAACUGCUUCCAUAUUGAAUUAAGUUGGAUCAAUACAAGUCCAAAGCUCAUCGAGGAUGCUGUUUUGUCAUGGGCUUCGACCGCCGAAAAGUUCGGGCUUAAGCUCGUUCAGGUGCCCAUCGCUGAGGCCUGUGCCAUUGAUGAGACACAACCAUUUCGGCAUCCCUAUAAAGUAACACUGAAAGUCCCUCCCCCCAAGGGCCCGGCGCCUACUAUCUUCACGGCGGCGUCAUUCACACAACAGGACGCACCAGACCCUCACUACUUUCAAAAGGCCAUUUUGCAGAAAUAUGAUUUCGUUUUGGAUUUUGAAGCAAGAUCCGCCUUUCCCGCAGACGUCGAGGUAUGCUACUCGUGGGGACGACCCGACUACCAGCACAACCAGUACAUCCAUCAAUCAGGCAGCCUUCUUAGCCAAAUUACCCAGGAAGGAGACUUUCUCUUCCUUGCAAAUCGGCUGGUUAGCACCCGACCCGUGUUUAGCAGCCGCGAUAUGCCUAGGCAUGAACGCCUGGAUAGGCCAGAACAGUACCGAGCACGCGCAGGAACCUAUGAUCCUAUCGACCGCCUUUCUCCUCGGCUUUCUCCCCUCGUUCGUCCCAUUCACGAUAUAAUGUGCUCUCCCAGCCCUCAAGGACAUCACAGUAUCGAUACUACCAACCUCUACCGGGCUCCUGAGCAUAUCUUGCACGGAAUUGAGGAAUUCUGCCACGACCCUGUCCGACUGGAGCAGCUAUACCGCGAGUCAUUUGCACGUCCAGUCUCAGCCAAGGCAGGCCCUACCUCUGUAUCGUUCCUGGAUUCGUCGAUUCCGUCCCUCGAGCUACCGGCGCCGGUUGUCGGCCAUGUCUCACCUCCACCAGGUCUGCCAUCACGGCCGCCAACCCAAAGUAGCAUUAUACCCUUUAUAGAUUCGCGAAGUCGACACCGAGAUGAGUCUUCGGUCACGAAAGGCAGCCCCAGAAGUGGAGGGCUGCGACCGCUUAAUUUGAGCGGGGCCUAGAAUGGAGGCAUGUAUUAAACGAUCUACAUGAUUUGACGGUGUAUGAAAAGCGAUAUACAAUGGGAGGUAAUGUCAGGAAGCAAGGAGUUAGUUAGGCGUCUAGUUCACCAGCGAAUUGAAUUACGC